AUUUCAAUUUGUAUUAUUCUGUCGAAUGUGCAACUUUGUCUUUGCGCUUUUAUUUUGGGCGAUAAAGUCUGAAUGCUAUCAUCUUCCAUCGCAAAAUUUCUUCAUUCCUCUUAUUUCAUCUCAAGGUUGCAACCAGCGUUUUCGACAGAUUUAUGUAUCCCCUAAUGAUGUCAGUGAACUGCUACAACCGAAUGAAAUAACCAUAUUGAAUCGACAAACAUCCCAUUAUAUUGACGAGAAGUUAAUAUAUGACACAUGUUGGUUAUAUAGGAAUGAACUAGGUUUUCCUGACUUUCAAGUGGAUGUAAUUUUUUUGGACACAAAGGAGAUGACUGAGUGCAACUCUAAUCAUUUCGGCAAACACCAUGCAACAGAUAUCAUAUCCUUAGCUGAAAACUCAUUAUACACUAAGGAUAAGUAUAAUUUAAAUCGAUCGCCACAGCUUGUUGCCGACUUUCGCAACCUUGGAGAAAUAAAUAUGUGUCCAGAUUAUAUAUACAAGCAAAUGAUAGGUGACCAAGAAUAUUCCAACCAGGGGGUAUGCCAAAUUAAGGCUGAUAAACAUUGCGACGAAAACGCACCAUUAGGUGUAGCAGUGCGUAUGAAACAUAUAACUGAUCUAAAUCUUCGUUUCUGUUAUCUCCUUGCCCAUGGAAUGUUGCAUCUUUUAGGGUACGAUCACGUUGAGGAUAACGACUUUGAAGAGAUGCUGUUACAGGAGGACCGCUUGUUGGAUGUCUUCGAAAGAUUUUAUGAAACACGUAAUACCUGAUAAUAGGCAAAAAUGCACCAAAUAUCUACAAAUAACAUAUACAUCGCUAUCUGUU